AUGUCCGCCAACUCGCUGAACAAGAUCGCGCCCAACAGCCCCUCGAGGCAGAACCCCUCUGAGAUCGAGACCAGCAUCGCCAGCGCGUUGACUGACCUCGAGAACAACGUCCCCGACCUGAAGGCUUCUCUGCGCCCUCUCCAGUUCGUCUCUGCUCGCGAGAUCGAGGUUGGCCACGGACGCAAGGCUAUUGUCAUCUUCGUCCCUGUUCCCCUUCUGUCCGGAUGGCACAAGGCCCAGCAGCGUCUCACCCGUGAGCUCGAGAAGAAGUUCUCCGACCGCCACGUCCUGAUCGUUGCUUCCCGCCGCAUCCUUCCCCGCCCCAAGCGCUCCAACCGUUCGCGCACCACCCAGACCCAGAAGCGUCCCCAGUCCCGGACUCUCACCGCUGUCCACGACGCCAUCCUGACCGACCUCGUCUACCCCGUCGAGAUUGUCGGCAAGCGUCUCCGUACCCGCGAGGACGGCAGCAAGAUCCUCAAGGUUGUCCUUGACGAGAAGGAGCGCGGUGGUGUUGACUACAGGCUCGACACCUACAGCGAGGUCUACAAGCGCCUCACUGGCAAGGGCGUCAACUUCGAGUUCCCCCAGAGCCAGCAGACCGACUACUAG